UGUGCAUUUCAAGAUGAUGACGAAGUACAAGUAAGCCGCCCCACAUAUUUUGGCCAGCACUUCGGACGGCAGCACUGCGGUUGUAGAUAUGUCGCCAAAGUGGAGUAGAAUAUUAUGCCCCUUGGCUGGGUUCUGAUGCUCACCGUCGUCAACUUACACGUCUUCUGCGGGAAAGCGGAUGGACCCAGGGACGUCCAAGAUGACGAAGACAGCUCCAUCGCUGCUGAACUUGGCCAAGUGUUGAGAUCCAACCGUGACGUCCGAAAGGCACCUGGUCGUGAAGAAUGGCCGCACGAGUACCCUACGCUCACCAAAAACGGCAUACUUCUUCAGGGUGAGGCGUACGCCAUCGACGAUACUUCGCUCGCAUGGCGCCUCAUCAGGAACUACGCCACCACACAGCUUUUCGCCGUCAAGAUAUCCGGCAGCAACGACGCAAUGCGGACCUCAUUAUUACGGCACAACGCAAAACGCUUCGACGAGUUCUUGGAUCAAGUAGAAAAGGCCGAACCUCCUAGAAGCUUUCCCAGCAGGCAUAAUGUGCACGUAUUCCAGGCUUCGGGUAUCGUGUCCGAGGUUAACGUGUAUGUCAUCAUCUGUAUUACAACGGUACUCGUGGCGUUGCUUUCGGGCUACUUCGCCUACGUUGUUGUUAGGCAUACUGGACUAUUAGGCACUAAUGCGGGGAAAUCUCUUCACAACGACAAGGAAGCUCAGUGUCUACUCUCACGGAGUGCAGACUGCGGCGAACAGAGUCCGUAGAAUUUAGCUUUCAAAUUAUUUCUGCUCAGUACUUGCCGAUGUUGCCAGAUUUGUCUUUCCACUUUGUGGUUGCAUAGCGAGACUUCAUAAACCUCCCAGUAGGUUUAAGAGUGCUGGAUACUUCCAACCAUAUGCGUGCAAAUAUCUUCUUUAGCAUUCCUAUAGCCUCACAGUCGAGCAUAGUUUGGCCUGAAUUGUUCUUGCGCCACUAAAACUCAAAUCAUCGUCAUCUUUAUGAAAAUUCUAAUAUUUGAUAACUUUUUAAUGGGUUGUGGAACGGCUGGGGAUUUUCUCGACAACCUGGAUAUCAUGUUGAGAUUCUUUUAUAUGAUGACGGGGCUAUAUAUAUGUGAUGUGAUACUGUUGCCCGAUCGUUGGACAUCAUUAAAAUGAUUUGGACCGUUGUGUGCA